UGCGAAACGUUCUCCUUCGUUGUUAUGCUGCCAAAGGAGCGUUUUAAAUUGCCCAGUCUCGACAAGGUUAUGCAUGAUGGGCAUUACAAAAGUUUGAUUGCCUCAAAGGACUUGAAUCACGUCCGAGUGACUCUUCCGCGAUUCGAGCUCACCUUCAAAACGGAACUGAUUAAGGUAUUCAUGAGCAUGGGUAUCAAAGACCUCUUCGUUGAUAAUUUGGCAGAUUUGUCCGGUAUCACAAAAGCGGAACAACUCUAUGUGGAUGAGGCGCUUCAAAAAUGUGUAAUUCGAGUUACCGAGGAUGGCAUUGAAGCGGCUGCUGUCACUGAAAUCAGGUGUAAAUCUCGCUGUGCCAUUUUCGCUACGCUCGCAUUUUGCGUGGAUGAACCAUUCCAUUGUAUGAUCUACUCGAAUAAACUCGAAUCACCAUUGUUUGUUGCUACUGUUCGACGUCCCACUCCUAUUGCAUCUCUAGACGCUUAA